UCGCUAAAACAAGCCUCUAGAAACUUCUGCGUGUGUGUUGUGUUCCGCCGAGGUGUUGGUGGCUGUGGUAUUUUCUUGGUCGGAAAGCUGUUGUUUUCCUAUGGCUGUUCCAGGUGUAAACAAGGAUAAUAUCAGAGCAGGGUGUAAGAAGUGUGGAUAUCCUGGCCACCUAACAUUUGAAUGCCGAAACUUCCUUCGUGUGGAUCCGCAAAGAGACAUUGUUUUAGAUGUCAGUAGUACAAGCAGCGAGGAGUCAGAAGAAGAAAAUGAACUUGUGGAAAAAGCUACCGUUUCUGCAGACAAGAAGAAUACUGUGGAUUCUGGAAAGAAGAAGCUAAAGAGAAAAAAGGAAAAAGUGAAAACCAAAAAACACAGGAAAAGGUCAAAUUCAUCAAGUGACUCGGAGGACAGUCCAAAACCAAAGAAAAGGAAAAGCCGAAAGAAAGAAAAAAAAGGAAAAAGUAAAUCAAAAAAGAGUAAACAUCACAAAAAGGACAGGAAAAAAGGGAAAUGUGAAAGGCAUUCUUCCUCCUCUUCUUCAUCUUCUUCUUCCAGCAGCUCAGACUCUUCUAGCAGUGACUGACACCUUCCUUAAAUGGCUUGUGUUCUAUAACAUUCUGCGACAUUAAUAACCCAACUAGCCGUGAAAAAUAUGAUUUUUUUUUUUAAUCAACUGAAUGUAAUUAUGUAAACCUUCUAUACUUUGAAACGCAAUAAAAAAUUAUGAUCUUUAUCAUUUUUUAUAU